CACGCGCUGUCAAACCAGAGGGCAAGGGCUGGAACUGCUGCUGGUGUCUGCACGGCUGUGAGGCACUUUGUCAUGGCCGCCUCUUCUUCAUCUUCUUCAGCUGGUGGUGUGAGCGGGAGCUCAGUUACAGGAUCUGGCUUCAGUGUUUCAGAUUUGGCUCCACCAAGAAAAGCACUUUUCACUUGUCCAAAAGCAGCGGGGGAAAUGCUUGAAGAUGGCUCGGAGAGAUUCCUGUGUGAGUCUGUGUUCAGUUAUCAAGUCGCAUCAACGUUAAAGCAGGUGAAACAUGGUCUAAUCUUUUCAGAUCAACAAGUGUCCCGAAUGGAAAAGUUGGCUGGAUUAGUGGAAGAGUUGGAAGCAGAUGAGUGGAGAUACACACCGAUUGAGCAGCUCUUGGGCUUCACACCUUCUUCAGGUGGAAAAUAACCCGUGCCCUGAGUCUGACAGUACAAAAGGAAUAAACUUUUAGUUUUUGGACUAAAAGAGCUCAUCAUCAUACAAGAGGCAUCCAGAGUUUCAAAAAGUAAUGUCUUCUGUUGUGGUGGUUUCUAUGAUUUGUUACAUGGUGAACACUUUCAGUACUUGUGACUGUCCUGACCCAUUCACCAAGUUACCAAUGUAUCUAAGCUGUGAAUGGACAGGAAAGAAUGUUUACAGAUUUGGAUAAAAUAAAAAAACUUAAACUUUUUUGUGCAUUAUAAUGUAUAUUUGCUUAAAGAGGACCUUUCACUA